UUGAAAGCAAGGAACAUAACAUACUUCUCUGAGUUGAAAGUGCGUGAAAGUUGAUAUAUUAUUCUGAGGACAUUGCCAUGUCAUUCAAAGGUCACAGAACAAAAUUUAGCGUCGCUUUUUUUGUGAAGUUUUGAAACUGUGUGAAUUUUGGAUUUUUCGUACACUUUUUCAUUUGUGUUUUUUGUCAUUCUUUCCCUAUUUUUACAGACUUUUACACAUAAAAUGUAUCGACUAUUUCAAUAAUUGAUAUCCAGAUAUCACUCAGGUGCUCACUGUUAGAUCCGUUACUGUUUGACUGCACAAUUCUAACCUAAAAUCGUAAGCUAGCCAAUGAACCCUAUAACUCUUAAUUUCCUUCUCGACGACGGUGCUUCGGCCAUUGCCACUGCAACAUGUGAACCGAAGAAGGCUGCCAAGCCAGUGAUCCACCGGGAGCCUUUGACUACGAAGAAAGCUGUUGAAUACCUUCUGAAUGGUACUCUUCAGGGUAAAGUUUGUCGCUUCUGUCUGAAUGUGACUACGGGGCUGUCGGAAGUGGGCCAGUACCUCCAAGUGGCCAAUUCUGGAACGCUCUAUAAUGUUACUGUCAAGGAUAUGUUCAGUGUGGUGUAUCCCUUUCAGGUCACACAAGACAAGAGUUUACCUGACAAAAUAUGUAAAAAGUGCUUAGACCAUACCAUCGGAGCGUAUUUGUUUGCACAGCAAUGUGAGAGAUCUGAACGGGCUCUGCAGAACUGUUUGGAAGAAGUUUACGAAAAACUAGACAAACUCGACCCUAUUGGUAACAAUAUAAAGAAAAGGGGACGAAAAAAGAUCCGUGUCAAUCAUGACACUUUAUUCAUUGCCCACAAAAAAGUCAUAGACUAUGCAGAACCGAUGUAUCACCUGAUAAACAGAGGGUCAGCCUUCCUGAACGAAGAAGAAAACAAGAACGCAACAACCAAUAAUUUUGAGUGCCCUAAGUGUUGGCAAGUGCUGCCCAACACCGAUUCAUUAUUAAAUCACGAGAAAACACACCCAGCCACAAUGUGGUUCCAUUGCCGUUUUUGUGGCAGCUCAUUCUCUAGACUUUUGCAUUUGAAAAAGCAUAAGAAAACAUGCUACAGCAAAAAUAUAUUGGCUAAAGGUGACCUUACUUCAAAGUUUCAAUGUAAAGAAUGCGGUUUUGACAGUGAAACCUACUUGGGCCAUCUGCAGCAUGUAGAAAAGCACAAAUUCAAGAAAGUUCUAGAUAACAUUUUGGUUAAGAAAGUGGAUCUGUGUGCUGUUUGCCUGGAUAAAGACAAGGAUAUGUCUGAUUUGGACAAGGUUGUGUCUUUGCAUGGUGCAUGCCCAGAGCUGACUGGAAACAGGAAUCUCUACGAUAUUCUGGGAUCAACAUUGCCUCAUAUGAUCCCCCACUGUAACAUAAUGGGAACAAAAAUAUGUAAGAAAUGUCUUGAUACGGCUAUAGCUUCUUAUGUAUUUAUCUAUCAAUCCCUCCAUACUAGAAAUAGACUCAAUAAGUGUAUAACGGCUAUGCUUGACACAGUAUCUAAAGUCAAAGAGGCGAAAAACAAUGUUUUCAUCGAAGUAUCUGAUAAUUUAGUCAUGAAUAUACAUGAUAUAGAAGUGUUAGAUAAUGAUGUGAUAGUAGGUGAUGACGUCGAUGAGUCAUCGUUGAAAUGUGAUGUGCUAGAAGACGAAUUUAGAAUAGAAAGCAGCAGUGAUACAGAUGACGAAAUAUUUAGUAGCGCGAAAGUAGGUAAAGCUGUUACAACACAGAAACCAAAUACUGUUGUGAGUAAAGUAGCCAACGAUAAAAAUGAAAAAAUGGAUUUGAAAAGAGGAACUAAAGUGUAUACAAACAAAGCUAUUUACAACGGUUUUAAGCCUAAUCGGUCAUCUAAAAAGUACGAUUCAAUAGACGACGUUUGUCGCGAGUUUCUAACCUUCAAAAAGAAACGGAAACCGGCAAAAAAACGUUGCAACACCAAAUUUACCUGUCCCAUUUGCGACAAACGAUUCAUAUCUGAAUAUUUCCUGAAAACCCACGCGUUGAAACAUGUGAACAAAAAAGUUUCUUGCAAAGUCUGCCCCAAAACGUUCAAGAAUAAAUUCAAUCUCCGUGAACACGUAAAAGUCGGCCAUUUAAUUAAAGAUGGCGGAUAUUUUUGUAACGUUUGCGGUAGGUCGUUUACGGUUGAGGACAAAAUGGCGGCUCACAGAAAGACCCAUGAGAGGAAACUUUGUCAGUUGUGCGACAAAACAUUUAGGUCGCAAAUGUGCUACAACAAUCAUUUGCAAAGACACGUGUUGAGAUUCAAAAUAUACAACAGACACCAUUUGCAGAGUUGCAGCUUUUGCGAAAUGGAGUUUUGGAGCGAAAACCAACUCUUGUUACACGUAAACAAGUCUCAUUUGCAAAUUAAACCCUAUCAUUGCGAUAUGUGUGAUAGCCAGUUCUAUACAGAUAAGAACUUGGUGGAACACAAGAAAGUUCAUAGUUUAGUUUCGAAGGAAAAAUGUGAGUUUUGCGAUGAAGUUCUAAAAUGUCGUCGCGAUUUGGUGUUGCACAUCAAAAAACAUAUUUGCUAACAUUAUAAUGUCUACAUUUAUAACUCAAUGUUAGGUAGGUAACCUUUGUUUAAAUGUUGUGAAAUCGUUGGUAAUAUGUUCAUUAUAUAGGCUUCUUCAGGCUUA